GCACAGCUUAUUCAGCGCGAUGCUUGAAAACAACGUGCGUCGCCGACCAGUGGGUCCGCCGAGUUUAGGCUCUGAACUAGUGUGGCGGCGACUGCGUGGGCCUGAAUUUUGCAUGCAAAGUUCUUUGCGCGCCUGCGAGCGGCAAGGAGGAUGCGGCAGCCAAAGCUCCAAAACAAGGUUUGGUUGCAGGGCUCACGCCUUGGCGAGCUGGACCGCUGCGGCGUGGGGGCGUGGCGCGGCCGGCCCAACAGCCACGGCUCGUUUGCGCGCGGUGGCUAAGAGCACCGCGACGCCCGCACCCGCCACGUCCAUUUCGUCUUCCACACCACACGAAGCGCCACAGCUUGCAGCUGGCUCAGGGCCGCCGUCGCCCGCGGCUUCAGGGCCGGCGCUGCCGCACGACCUGCUGCUGUCGGACGUUCGGGUGGUGCUAGUGGCCCCAAAGCACGAAGCCAACAUCGGCGCUGUGGCUCGCGCCGCCGCCAACUUCGAGUGCCUGAACCUGUACAUCGUGGCGCCGCGCUGCGACGGCGCUGCCGCCGGCUGGACCGGCGAGGCGCGCAAGGUGGCGUGCGGCGACUCAGUGCUGGACAGGGCAGUGGUGGUGGACACACUGGAACAGGCGCUGGCGGACACCAGCAGCAGCAUCGGCUUCACGAGACGCACGGGGGCGGCGCGCCGCACGCACGCCUCGCUGGGCCACCUGCUCGCUGAGUUCCCCUUUGCACUGCCGCUGCAGCCGCCGCCGGUGGCGGUGCCGACGUCAGCUGCAGCGGCGGGGCCCUGCGCGACGGCGCUGGUGUUUGGGCGGGAGGAGAGCGGCCUGACGGAGGCUGAACUGCGGCUGUGCAGCUACGCCAGCGCCAUCCCCACGGGCCGCGUGCAGCCGUCCAUGAACCUGUCGCACGCGGUGGCGGCGGUGCUAGCGGAGCUCUUCAGCCGCCGCUGCGGGCUGCUGGCCGUGGCGUCGGCGGUGGCGGUGGACGAGGCGGCGGCGGCGGUGGACGCGGCCGGUAUUGGUGGCGGCGGGGGUGGCAGCGGGAGUGGGGGUGCCAGCGAGGGUGGGAGCGGAAGUGGCACCAGGCCGCUGCUGCGAAUGCCGGUGGGCGGCAGCGCGGCUGAGGAUGCGCGGGUGUCCACGUCCUUGCCGCCUGGGGCGACGGCGGCGGCUGCGAUCGCGGCAGCAGGGUUGGUGGGCGGGAGGCACGGCGGCGGCGGCAGCGUAGUGCCUGCAGAAGGGGCAGGAGAAGGGGCAGGGGCAGGCGUUGGGGCGCCGGACGCGGGGAUGCUGCCGGCGAGCGCGCAGGAGGUGGAGCUGCUUCUGCGCAAGGUGGCGGCGAUUGCGGAGGCGGUGGGCAUGAGCGGCGCGGAGAGCAAGGGCGGUGGCAACAACGGCAACCAUGGUCGGCGGCGGUUGCCGCUUGGGCACUUGCGCGCGGUGGUGUCCCGCGCGCGUGUGAACGCGGCGGAGAGCCGCUCGCUGCAUGGACUGGCUUCGGGCGUGUUGCAACGGCUGGAGCCCGGACACCCGCUAGAGGCGCGCAAGGCGCAGCGCAAGCAGGAGCAGCAGAAGGAGCCACAGGCGCCGGGAGGGAGGCAGGAGCAGCAGCCACAGGAGGGGAGGCGGGAACAGGAAGGGGAGACGGCAGGGAAGCAGGAGUAGGUGAUCUGCGAGCGUCGUAGGAGGAAGCUGGUUUGGGCAUGCGGAGGAGGAUGCUGGCAGGACAUGUGGCUGAAGUCUGCAAGUGCUUCGGCCGUUUGGCGUAGGUCGAGCAUCAUGAUAGGUCGCUGGUUUAUAGGGCAAGAGCCACUGCGGUUGUUUACGGCUUGUAUGUGUAAUGGCUAAUACGGUAAAAGCGCAUAGCCAUUUCAGUGCCCUCCACGAGUGAGACAUGCCCCCACGGUAGUAGGGCCAUUCGUUGCUCUCGCCAACGCCGCGAUCCCACACGCCGAAGCAAUGUGUUGAGUUUGCGCCUAGGACAGACGACUACUCAGGAAGGUGUAGCUCGACGGAGCUAUUGGGGCUUGCGCGGAGACAGGAUCAACCCACCUAGCU